UUUUUCACAAAAUCUCAUCCAAAAAAAUAAAGCAAAAAUGAACACCACCAUCUUCCCUCCCAAACUCCCCAUCCUCCCAACCACCAAAACCACCACCUUCAGAUGCACCACCACCACCACCACAAAACCACCACCACCACCACCACCUUCACACUUCCAUAAACUCCUAAAGAGGUCAUACAAAGCCAAAAACUUCAAUGAAUCCCUCUACUUCCUCUCCUACUUAACCUCCAAAGGCCACCAACCAGACCUCAUCCUCUCCACCAAACUCCUCACCACCUUCCUCUCUUCUGGCCAAAUCUCCAAAGCUCUCAAAGUCAUGCAAAUUCUUGAGUCCCAUGGCCAUCCUGACACCUUCUCCUACAACUCCCUCCUUUCUGGCCUUCUCAAAUCCAACCACUUCUCCACUGCUCUCCAAUUCCUCCCUCGCAUGCGCCUCCAUUCUUGCCCUCCAGAUAUCAUCACUUACAACAUCCUCUUAUCCCAUCUUUGCAACUCCUCAAAUAACAACCUCCUUCGUUUGGCCAUGAAUGUCUUGAACCAAAUGAUUGAUGACCAUUGCCAACCUUCAGUUGUUACAUACACUAUCCUCAUUCAAGCUAGCAUUAAGCGAGGUGGGAUUGAGGAAGCAUUGAAGGUUUUGAGUGAGAUGUCCUCUAAAGGACUUCAACCUGAUAACUAUACUUGGAAUGCUGUCAUUAAAGGUCUUUGUAAACAAGGCUUGGUUGAUUCUGCUUAUGAUCUUGUUUCCAAGCUUUGGCCUUGUGAUCACAAUUACAACACUGUUUCUCAUGAUCAAUAUCAACAACAAGUGCCUGAUGUUGUUUCUUAUAACAUCUUGUUGCGUGCUUUCUUGGAUGAGAGGAGAUGGAAAGAUGCCGAGAGAUUGAUGAAUGAGAUGAUGAUGGUUAGAGGCCGGCAACCGAAUACUGUCACUUACAGUGUUCUCAUCAAUGCGCUCUGUCAGGAAGGCUUGGUAGAGAAAGCAAGAGAAGUGUUGUUUGAUAUGAUAUCGAGAGGAUUGAAGCCGAACACUUACAGCUAUGAUCCUCUAGUUUCAGCAUACUGUAAACAAGGGAAAUUGGACUUGGCAAUCGAAUUUAUGGAUCAUAUGGUUUCAAAUGGUUGUCUUCCUGAUAUAGUGAACUUCAACACAAUUAUCGCCGCUCUUUGCAAGAAUGGUAACUCCGAUCAAGCUCUACUAGUGCUCGAGAAGCUAAGAGAGAGUGGUUGCACACCGAAUUCUAGCACAUACAAUGCGGUGAUCGGUGGCUUAUGGAAUAGCGGGAAAAAGGCGAAAGCUCUUGAAAUGGUAUCAGAAAUGCUCGAGAAUGGGAUCGACCCGGAUGAAGUCACUUACAAUGUGAUAAUCUCAUGCUUGUGUAGAGAUGGAAUGGUGGAUGAGGCUGCAGAGAUGAUGAAGGAUAUGGAGAGAUGCGGAUUAAAUCCUUCGGUUAUUACUUACAAUGCCGUGAUUCUCGGGUUCUCGAAAGCACACCGAAAUGGAUAUGGCUAUCGAUGUUUUUGCCGAGAUGGUUGAGAAGGGAUGUAAGCCUAAUGAAAAUAGUUAUGUGAUUUUGGUUGAAGGAAUUGGGUUAUGCUGGGCAUAGAACUGAGGCAAUGGAGUUGGCAAGAGAGCUUGUGAAAAGAAAUGUUGUCUCUGGUGAUUCUGUUCAUAGGCUCAAUAGAACUUUUCCAAUGCUUAAUUUGUUCAGAGAAAUUCCUCAAUCAAAGCUCAAAGUGUGAUUGAUUGAUUUAUUUUAUUCAAUUGUAAAGCAAAUCAUCAUUUGUAGAUUUAUUAACAAGCACUUGAUUUGGUGACAAUGCCGGGAAUUUGAUCCUUUGUUGAGAUUACAAUUAGGUGACAGUUUAUGCGAUUUUAUUUUAUUUUAUUUUUUUU